AUGUUACGUCAAGUUCGUCAAUUACACUCUACUGCUAGAAACUUAAAUUUCGCCAAAUUUUCCAUUGUUGGUAGAAUUGGAAGUGAUUUCGCUGAACAUACUAGCCCAAACAAUGUAAGAUACUUGAAAUACUCAAUUGCUUCUCAACCAAGAAAAGAUGCACCAACAAAUUGGUUUAAUUUGACUGUCUUUAACGAUAAUCAGAUUAAUUUUUUGACUCAAUAUGUCAGAAAGGGUGCUCUCGUUUAUGUUGAGGCAGAUGCUACUAAUAGAAUGAUCGACCGUGACGACGGUAGUAGAGGCUAUUAUUUAUCCUUGGUACAAAAGGACCUUCAAUUGAUUAAAAAUGGUAAGCAUCCAGAUGGCGAGGAAGGUAUUUAG